AUGUUCCAACACCCACACCAACACCACAAGAAGCCAUCAACUAUGAAUUCUCAUGACAGACCCAUGUGUGUCCAAGGGGACUCUGGUCUUGUCCUCACCACUGACCCUAAGCCCCGCCUCCGAUGGACCGUCGAGCUCCAUGAACGUUUUGUUGAUGCUGUCACUCAGCUUGGAGGACCAGACAAGGCCACACCCAAGACUAUCAUGAGGGUUAUGGGUGUAAAGGGUCUUACACUUUACCACCUCAAGAGCCACCUCCAGAAAUUUAGGCUCGGAAAGCAACCUCACAAGGAAUUCAAUGAUCACUCGCUUAAGGAUCAUGCAUCUCCACUGGAUCUUCAACGAAGUAGUGCAUCUUCUUCUGCCAUGAUUGGCCGCAGUAUGAAUGAGAUGCAAAUGGAGGUGCAGAGAAGACUGCAUGAACAAUUGGAGGUCCAGAAACACCUGCAGUUGAGAAUUGAGGCUCAGGGAAAGUACAUGCAAAGCAUAUUAGAAAAGGCCUGUCAAACCCUUGCUGGUGAGAACAACAUGGCAGCUGCAGCGGGAAGCUACAAGGGUAAUAUUGGAAAUCAAGGUGUCAAUCCUGCUGACAUGGGAGCUCUGAAAGAUUUCAACUCUCCUCUCAAUUUUCCAUCAUUUCAAGACCUUAACAUAUAUGGAGGAGACCACCUUGAUCUUCAACAGAACUUGGACAGGCCACCUCUUGAUCACAGUUUCAUGCCAAGCAAUGACAAUAGCAUUUGCUUGGGACCCAAGAAGAGGCCUAGUCCUUAUAGUGGUAGUGGCAAGAGCCCUUUGAUUUGGUCUGAUGAUCUCCGGCUUCAAGAUUUGGGAACAGCUGCCUCAUGUCUUGGACCUCAGGAUGAUCCCUUCAAAUCGUCAGAUUCGAUUCAGAUUGCACCACCGUCCAUUGAGAGAGGCUCGGAGAUGGAUUCCAUUUCGGACAUCUAUGAAUCCAAGCCAAUGAUCCAAGGAGAAGACAAGAAGUUUGACUCGGCAAAUAAACUCGAAAGGCCUUCACCACGGCGAACACCACUAGGCUCGGACAGGAUGAACCCCAUGAUCAACACCGGUGUUCGACAAGGAAGAAAUUCACCGUUUGGGUGA